UAUUCCAGAAGUCAAGAAGAACGUGGGAGCAAAUGCAUUAUUUAGUCAUUCGUCUUUUCCUCUGUAUAAAAAUGAUCGGCCAUAACUGAUACUAUUAGUCUGCUCUAUACCUAUGUGAACCAAACCAUCAAAGAAACAAAAAAAAAAAAAAAACAUACCCUUUCUUCCUUUUCUCUUCAAACUAAAUAAAAACCCUAUUACACGGCACCAAAACAACAGAGCCAUGGGGACAAAAACAGAAACAAGUUCAACAUUAAAGCUUCCUCUAUUUUCAGUAAAUUCACCUGAUGAUUUAGGGAUGUUAACCCCUCUUCAUACUUCAGCUUCAAUACCAUUUUCUUGGGAAGAAAAACCUGGUAAACCUCGUCCAUGUACUGACCUAAUCCCUCAUCCAAACACCAAUAUUUUCAAUGAGCCUAAAUUAUGCUUAGAGCCACCUCCUAGGCUUUACAAUUACUACAUGGAAUCUACAAAUAAAACCACAUCUCCCACUACUGUUCUUGAUGGCCCUUAUAUUACUAGCAAGCCCAAGUUUUCUUCUUUCAGGUUAUUGAGGGAUCGACGUCGUAGACUAGGGUCUUUUGAUAGUAGUGCUAGUUCAGAAACAGGACAACUCAGUGCAUUUGUUCUUGGUAAGAAGAAAUCUGAAAGCAAAAGGUGGUGGCGCCGACCUAUUGUUAAAAGUAAACCUGGUGAUACUGAUGAGUGUAGUUUUGGGUUUCCAUCUUCUACAGAUUCAACAGAUUGUGUUAGUCUUAAUAAUGAAUGCACUAUUAAAAUGGCAACACUUGAGAGAAGUGGAAGCUUCUCAGGUCACUCCCAGGCUAAGACUCACAUUUGGGCAACUAUAUACGAGGGUUUCAAGCAGGUAAUACCAUGGAAGAGCAAAAAAUCAAAGAAAGAAGCGCUUCUCGGCUAACUUUCAAUAUCAGCUAUUAUGCUGAUUAAAUGAAGACUUGAUAUAGUUGCUUUCUCGAGUUAGUACUCCUGGUUAAAUACGCAGGAGAUAUAUAAACAAAUGUAUCGUGAAUCGUCUGAAUGUAGCAAUUUACUACCAUUAGCCUUAUAUUUCACUAGAACAUUUUUGUACA